GUAGACCUCCCCUCUCUCUACCCCAUUUACGUUCUCUCCUCUGCCUGUUUAUUUGCAUUAAAACUUGGACACAGCCAUAUUAUUGAAAGAUACUUUUAUGAAAGAGAAUAUUAAGGUCAUUAAUGUGGCUGUGUGGAAACACUUUUUGGUAGCCUACUUGUACGUGUAAGUGACUGUAUGAAUUUUCCAUGUAAAAACAACACAUAAACAGUUGACCUGUUUGCUGAGCAAGCACAGGAAUUACCCAAGCUGAGAUAAAGAGCUAAAAUUGAUCACUCCUGUGACUGUUUGGAUUAGAAAAUCUGGGAUCUCAGCUCCCUAUUUUAGUUGAUUGAAGGCCUCGCUUACUAAGCAUCUUGAACAAGUGUAAGAACAUUGAUUAUGUAUACUCUUCUUCGGCCACAUGUAUUACAUCGUUUCAUGUCACUGCGGCACAUGAGCAUGGCUGAGCCCCAAUCUCUGCUAGCAAAGCGUGGUGUUCGUGACCCUUCUGCGCCCGGCUUUCUUACAUUUGAGGACUCACGAGCGUUUAAAGUGAAGAGUUUCUGGGAGAUCAUCCGAGCGCUUGGAGUCUUUAGGCUUUGCUCGUUCCCUGUACUUGUUAACAACUGUGGUAAGUUAAUGACCUUUACAAAGAUGGUUUUGGGUGAGCGGGCUUUCUCAAUGAUCCUGCGUCCAUCUGUAUACGCACAGUUUGUUGCUGGUGAAACCGAAAUAGAGAUAGCAGAGUCCAUGCAAAAGAUGAGCUCUCUGGGGCUCCGCCCCAUGCUGGCCGUUCCUAUUGAAGAGGACCUUGGAGAAAGCACUGGGGAACGUCGAUAUGAAGACAACCUGGUGGCCAUGUUGGAAUGCAUACACAUGUCUCACAAUAAAGGCUGGAGUGAAAAUCCAAUGAUGCAAUUGAAGAUUACUGCACUCCUCAGCCCUGAGCUGUGUGUUAAGCUGACCUCUCUGUUAAGGUCUGACCGAUACGAUCUAAACUUGCUUGUCAAAGCCAUGGAAGGAGAGGAAAUCACAUUUUCUGGCCUAUCAGAGAGUGAAAACACACACUUCCUAUGUGGCCUUCGGAGACUUAACAAAAUUGGAGAGGCCAGCGCUAAUAAAGUCCGUGUUCUGGUGGAUGCUGAGUACACUUAUAUAAACCCUGCACUUUCACUCAUUACCAUGGCAAUGAUGAAAAAGUUUAAUCAACAAAGUGCCUGGAUCUGGAACACAUACCAGUGCUAUCUAAAGGAAUCAAGGAAUCUGUUGUAUGAUGCCGUUGAGACAUCCGUUGAUCAGGUGUUCUGUCUUGGCAUUAAACUUGUCAGAGGGGCUUACAUGGACAAAGAAAGAAUUUUAGCUGAGAAAGAGAAGCGUGCAGAUCCAAUACAUGAAUCAUGGGAAAAUACAAAUGAAAGUUAUAAUGGAUGUCUGGACAUUAUGCUCAACCUCAUUCGCGAGAAGCCUGAAAACUAUAAGAUAAUUGUUGCCACUCACAAUGAAGAAUCAGUCAGGCGGGCAGUGACACGAAUGAUGGAGUUAGGAAUUGACAAAGACAGUAGCUCUGUCUGUUUUGGUCAGCUGCUUGGAAUGUGUGACCAUGUGUCUCUCACUCUUGCUCAACAUGGUUUCUCAGUUUACAAAUCAGUGCCAUACGGAACAGUGGACAACACGCUGCCAUAUCUGGUCCGAAGAGCUCAGGAGAACCGUACUGUCCUCCAGGGCAUCCGUAAGGAAAGAGACCUACUGAGACAAGAGCUCCAUCGCAGAAUCAGGGAAAAGAUCACGGGGGCCAAAACAGAUGCUCAAAAGUAAAAAAGAGCGCAAACACAUAGGAUUGAAAUUGAAAAGGCAGUGUAAAGAAAUACCUUUAUAUAUUUUCACUCUUGUGAGCUCAAAUUCCUGUAAAUUAAAAAGUACUUUGACAGUUUAAAUACAUAUUAGCAAAUAUCACAUUAGAGAACUAUUUUAUAUUGACUCAAAACACAUUGGAUGGUUUUGGACAAGAUUUUUAACUCUGAUGUAACAAUUUAUUCCUAAAAUGCUGAAGCAGAUCAAUUUAAACCCUGUACAAGAGUUUGUAAUAAGCCAUGUUGCAGUUUAAUAAAUACCAUUUCUAGGUC